UAUUUAUUAUUAUAGGAAGAGGCUCGGCAUUCAGUACAAGCUCCUGUCAAUCAAAUGUCUCAUUGAAUUUUAACAACUCUUAACAAUAGUAGAAAAUUUUGAGCCUAUUCAGUUCUCAUCUCUCUUCAAAAUGGCUGACGGUCUAGCAAGGAUUCUUUCCAAACCCAAGUUUGAUGCAGAAACAUUUAUUGCCAAACUGUCUGGAGAUGGAGAAGAUGCCUUGCUUGACAUGAAAGCCAAUGUUCAUAUGCUCAAUGAUGAAACAGCCAAGGCACUCAAGCAAAAUGUCUACAAAAACUAUUCACAGUUCAUCGAAACUGCUAGAGAAAUAUCCAUUUUGGAGGGCGAGAUGUACCAGCUGAACCACAUGCUGAACGAGCAAAAGUCUCUGAUGGGCUCCAUGAUGGAGAUGUCCCUUGUCAGUGAUAGAGCGGUUGUGGAAGGACCCAAAGGGGAGGAAGAUCAGAAGGAGAGCCCGGAGGAGGAGACUCGAAGGAAUCUGGCGUUCCUUCUGGAGAGAGUGGAAGGCUGCUCUAAUGUUGCAGAGGUCCCCGGCCGCCAGCUCGUUCACGACGGUGACCUUGUGGAACUGGAUGCGGAGAGCCACACCCAGCUGCAGCGUGUGCACGCCUUCCUGCUCAACGACAGUCUCAUGAUCGCCACCUGGAUACCCAACAGGCGCGGUCCGAUGCGCUAUCGCUUCGUGGGACUCUACGAGCUGGACGGCCUGGCUGUGGUCAAUGUCAGGGACACGGGCCCUGUCAAGAACGGAUUCAAGAUCCUCAUGUUCCCAGAGUCGCACAUGUACCAGACUGACACGGCAAAGGCGAAGCGCCAGUGGCUUGACGCUCUGGAGGACACGAAGAAAAAGAAGGCGAGCCGGGACAAGCAGAAGAAAGAGGCUGCGAUGAGACUAGCAGAGCAACAGCUGCAAGCCGCCCUCGCCUCCCCGGGGGAAGCGGACAUGUCCAAGAGCUUCACGGACGAUGUGGAAGAGGAGCCUGUGGCCAUGGACAGAGAUUUCUUGCAAGCUGAUUGGUUAGAGGAGCUGCCGGAAGACCUGGAUAUGUACAUCGCUCAGCGGAAUUUUGAAGGGGCUGUUGACCAAGUAGAGAAAGUGAACGAAUACCUCACAGAAUGCCCAAAGGGACCAGCUCUGAAGGAGUUCAGGGCCCGCAUAGAGCACAGAGUCAAACAACUGACGGACGGACUGAUGAACGAACUCCAGGUGUCCCCUGAGCGGUCACUCCGCGGUGGUCCUCGCGCUGCCCGUCGGGCUGUCACACAACUCAUCAGGCUCGGGAGAUCAGCACAGGCGUGUGAUCUGUUCUUGAGGAACCGCAGCGCCAUCAUCAAGUACAACAUCCGACAGCUCAAGUUUGAAGGGGCCACAACUCUGUACAUCCGCUGUCUGUGCGGCGUCUUUUUCUCCUCCCUCUCGGACACGGCAAAGGAGUUUAUCAAAGCCUUUCCGGGGCACCACGGCUGCUUCUCAGCCUUUGUGAUCUGGUCCAAACAAGAGCUCCAGUCUUUCGUAAGCAUCUUCCGCCGCCAGGUAUUUGAAAGCAAGGCCAGCCUCAGCACCAUCGCUGAUUGUGUACAGCUGGCAAAGCGGCAUUGCCAAGAAUUGAGUUCUAUCGGCCUUGACCUUGAGUUCAGCCUGGCGACCUUGCUGGACACGGCCAUCCAGCAGGUGGUGGAGGAGACACGCGACCAGAUCACGGAAGGCAUCAAGUACAGAGCCGCGGACGACCUGUGGCGCCCCAUGAACCACCUGUCUCAGGCGGACUGCGACAAAUACGUGGCGGACAUUGCUGCAACAGGCUUUGACAUCAGGCCAUACGUCUAUGACAAAUGCUUCGUCAUGCUCACGAUGAACUCCAUUCAGUUCGCCAAGAUAUGUGUGACCUUUUCCGAUGACCUCUUGAAGCUAUACACGGUUGAGCUCGAGGAUUUCAUCGCGGAUUCCCUGUCCUCUGUGUACAAAAGCCAGGUUGCCCACAUUGAACAGUCGCUGAAGUCGGAGAGACUGAACAAGGAGCAUUCCCUUAUCCUGAAGAACGCCCAGUUCCUUCUGGAGGUGGUGAUGGCCCGCGUCGAGUCCUUCUACUCUGAUCGCCAGGUACCGUUCCCCGCCCAGCUGCAAGCCAUCAACGCGCACUUCCGCAAACUUAAAGCCAUGGCCAACAAAUGAGGACACUGCUCGUGGAGAAUUGGGAAAAAAACUUCUUGCUGAUGGAACGAAGCCAGGGUUACUACUGUCUCUGACUACUAUAUCUGUAUGCUUCCACGCUUUCAGCUUUUUCUUCAUGUGUUAUUAUGGAAGCAACUUGAAGUCUAACAGAACUGCAGAGUUGGCCAGGGGGCUGUCGUGGCCUAGAGGCUAAGGUGUUCGCCUCUCAUUGAAAGGUCCCGGGUUCGAAUCCGGUUAGGGUCA